AUGGACUACCCAGCCUUCCUACGCGGACCACCCCCAUUUGGCCGCUCGAUGGGUCGGUUCGAUGAAUACUACCGCUGUUACCCCGUGGUCAUGAUGAGCGGGCCUGAUAGAAAGAAUGUCAACUAUGGUGGAAAGGUGUUCAUGCCACCAUCGGCGCUGGACAAACUGACGAGACUCCACAUUACAUAUCCCAUGGUGUUUGAGUUGAUAAACGGGAAUGCUGGCAAGAGUACGCAUGCUGGUGUGCUGGAAUUCAUCGCAGAGGAAGGGAGGAUAUAUCUACCACAAUGGGUAUUUGCGCUGUUCCGCCAAGCUAUAAGGGCAUAUACUGAUAUUCUGGGACAGCUGAUGAAAACCCUCGAGUUGGACCCUGGCGACCUUCUUCAGAUCAAGUCGACAGAUCUCCCUCCUGGCAAAUUCAUCAAGCUCCAACCUCAGUCACCCGCAUUCCUCGACAUCUCCGACCCACGGGCCGUGCUCGAAAACGCAUUCCGAAACUUCUCGUGUCUGACAAAGGGUGAUAUAUUCACAUUUGAAUACAACGACCAGACAUACGAUAUUGCCGUGCUGGAGAUUAAGCCAGACACAGAUUCGCACGCCAUCGUGACUAUGGAGACCGACCUGGAAGUCGAUUUCGCCACUCCUGUUGGAUAUGUGCCUCCCGAGCGAACGAGUGGGACAAGCACACCUAGGAGCGGCGUGGGAAGGCCACAUGGCGGACCAGUGCAUUUUCAGGGUACCAUGGCACAGUCGAUCAACUACGGAAGCAUAGCCCCGUCCUCUAACACAGCUGCCGCUGGAGCCCGCGCAGUGUCCUCGCAUUUCCUUUCCGAGGGCCAUAAGCUCAGUUCGAAGAGGGGAUCGAAAGCUCCGACACCUAGCGCAUCUACACCUGUGGGAGGUGUAUCCACAAAUGCCGCGAAAUCUCCACCAGCGAGAAGAACAAAUGGUCCCCAACCCCUGCGUCUGGCACCUGGAAAGCUGUUCUUCGGGUAUGAGGUCAAGCCACUACGUAAGCGGGAUGACAAUGGCGAGCCUGUCGGAAGCGAUGAAGUGAAGCCUCACUUUAAGGGACAGGGACAGACACUACGCCAGAAGAAACGUGCAGGCGGCGGAGGGCUGGAUAGUGGAACGGCGAGUGGCGUGAAUAGUGAUGCGGAGGGCAAAGCCAAACCCAAGGGCACUGGACGGAGGUAG